AUGGGAGACUGGUGGUAUAUGAUUGCACAUGAUAUCACUCCCUUGAUGCUCAUUAUUUCCAAGUAUAUUGGUUUCAGUUCUGAAGAAAUCCAUCUCCCAAUUACGAAUGAAGAUAAACAGCUUUUUUGGGAAUUAAUAGCAGAUCAGGAGGAGAUAAUUGAUGUUGUAAUGAAUGAGUAUCGAUUUUUACUUCAUCAUGGACAUAACUAUAAGGGCGGAAAAUUAAUACAUAUAAUGUGA